UCUGUGGGUUAUGAAAUAUUGAGUAACAUCAGAAACACGAUGUCGGACCGUGCUAGUACUGAGAAGCUAUUCAACUCAUUGCUGCAAGACUACAGAUGCACAGUACUGCCACAUGUGAUAGACAAUUUUGAUCAGUUAACUACAGAAGAACAAGGUCUUUGUGGGCAAAUGAACAACUUUUUUUGUGGACUACAUCUACUAGUUGGAAUGGCAGAUGUCAGCGAGGAAACUUUAAAGAAAUUUGAAGCAUCAUAUUUGGAAGGAAAACUGAUUGGAUCUGCAGACAAACCUGAACUUAAAAGGUAUCAUCGGACUGAAAGUGGAACGUUACGGUUGCUGAGAACAUCCAGCAAGGCUUUUGCAAUGGGAGAAGACGAAAAAAAUGGUGUUCAUUUGCCCUGGAAAACAUAUCUGAGUCAGAAAAAUGAAAAGAAUUACAUUCUUCGUUUCAAACAUAAUAGAUUCAAUAUGGUAUUUAUGGUUGGGGGAGCAGUACUAUACCACAGUGAGGAUAUUGCUGAAUUCCUUGGAAAUGUACACGGCACAACCAAUGAUCUGUUGAAAGCUGUUAUUUUGGACUGUAAUGAAAAUUUGUAUCUGGCUGGAGCUAAAACACUUGGUCUGAUUU